GUCAAGAAUAGUCAUGAAAAGGUUAAAGGUCAGGAUAUUUAUUAUAUCAUUAUUACCGCAUUUUUGUCAUCAUAAAAUUUUAAAUAAUUUUAGCAUAAAUAAACAUAAACUGAAAUCCAUUUUCAUAUUCAAUAAUAAUUUGUUAACUAAAAACAAUGUUCUAAAAAGGGCUUUGCACAAGUAACAAAAGUGGGUUAAGUUAUGCGCAUGCUAAGAAGCCAAGCAACGAUUUCUAAAAAUAAACCAGUCAGCAUGCUCGUUUUGUUUACAUCCAACAGCUGACUGCUCUUGCCAGCGUAUUUCCUCUUUAGGAGCAGCUGUCAAUCAAUGAAUGAACUGUGACCUAUUUGACUAAGAAUUUUCAUUUUUCAAUUUGAUUAACAUUUCAAAUACUCUUUUUUUAAAGCUAAAAAUUCGAGCUAAAUUUAUUAUCAAUUAAUGUUUUUGUCACAAAAACUUUGGUAACAAAAAGUUAUGAGAAAUAAAAGGGGAGGUCUUAAGUUGGUCACGUGACAUAACGUAAUCUCAUAGCAGAAGAGCUCCGCCAUAGCUGCUGUUGUUGUUUUGGAAAAUCGACUGUCGAGUAACAAGGAUAAAUCUUAUUAACAUGUCGUCCCCUAGUCCCGGGAAACGUCGAAUGGACACAGAUGUAGUUAAAUUGUAUCCUUUAUUGUAUUAUGCAUUUAAAGCCAAUAAAAUAUUUUGCUUAAUUACAGAGAAAAAGUAUUUUUAGGAACAAAAACUCCAGAUGCCAUUGUUGGAGCUUCGAUGGCUGGAGGAAAGCUGAGGUCAUUUUUUUUAUAGACUAGGCGAAAAUAUAUAUUUUGCAAAAUAAAAACACGGUCUCAACUGUUUUGAAGUUGAGCAAGAUUGAUAAUUCUAUACAUUUCUAUUUUCGCAUUGUUUGGUUUUAUAAGAAAUAAUUAUAUUACUGUAUGGAAAAUUGAGAAUGUGUCAUAAUAAUGACGCAAUUUCCACCCAGCAACCCAACCCAGAAUUUAUCAUAUUUUCUUUGUGAUUUUGACACAAGACAGUUUAUUUAGAUGUAUUAGAUUAAUUUAUAUUUUAAGCUUUGUCUUUUGUUUCAGUGUCUUUUAAAGUAUCCAAGACAUGGUUUAUUUGAAAUAAUAAAUAGUGUAGCUUGGCCCAUAACAUAACUAUUAUUACUAAUAAGGAGUAAUGUAUUUAAGUCAUAAUAUUAAUAAGUUAGACAAUUAUUUUUUUUAUUUUAAACUAGUGAUGUUUAUAAAUGUUUACUUACACUUACAUACAUAUCUCCAAAAAACUCUCCAUAUUAUGAAUAUCAAGCAAUGCUCAAAGUAAUUUGUUGUUUUUAGCCUAUGAAUUAAUUUUAAUGCAUUUUCAUUUAAGUUUUAAACUUCUGGUAUAACCAAGAUUCUAUCAUCUAUAGUCUAUAAUAGACCAUGAUAGGGGGGUGUCCUAAAAUUUGGACUUAAUUAAAUUGCUUAUCUUAGUUAUAAUAAAUAACGCCUUUCAUUUCUUAGCAUAUGCAUAUUUUUUUUCAAAUUUUAGGUCCACAAUGAAAAUGUUGAAAUAGUUUGAAGUAUAUAAGUUAACAUAUAACAUAACAAACAUAUCUGUUUUUAAGAUGCAAUUUUGAGAUUAUCUCAUUCCAACUCCAAGCUGUAAAUAAAUAUAGAACUCUAGCUUAUAAGUCAUGUCAGUGUGUUAAGUAUUAUUAUUUUUUGAGUAAAGAAAUUAUUUUUUUCAAUUCAAGACAUAAUUAUGGUAAAAAAUGCUGUGUACUGAAUGAUAUACAUAAAAAUAUAUAAAUAACUUAUAAGGUUAAAUUUGAUUUAUGAAAUGUACAUUCUUUUAUGACAAUGAGCUUAAAUUUUCACAACUUUCCCCAUUAACCACUGUUCUAUAGCCUUAACCUUAAAUUAGAAUUGAGAGCAAACAUGAAGUAACCAUUCUUGGAGGCCUCAAUGAAUUUAUGGUGAAAUUUUAUGGUCCCUCAGGAAGUAAGUAUGCAAAAGAUUAUAGAUUUCAUGUUACAUGAUAGAAUUAAUGUUGGAAAUUUAAGAUAUAAAUAAUACUAAAUAGAUUAGCUCUGUAAGACAUUUUUAUUUGUUAAUCAUAAUGAUGUUUAUUCUGAUUUAUAAUCUCAUUUUAUUACAGCACCUUAUGAAGGUGGUGUGUGGAAAGUGCGGGUUGACCUGCCAGAUAAAUAUCCAUUCAAAUCUCCAUCAAUAGGUAAGAAUUUUAGUUUGACUUUUUUGUACUAAUCUUGUUUUAAUGAAUUUUAUACUAUAUGUUUAAAUGAACUCACCAUUAUCAAGCAACUUCAAUAUCAUUUUGAUUUACCCUGAAUGACAUCCUACAGUUAAAUUCUUAAUUUUUAUUUAACAAUAUAAUUUUUUUUAAAUUAAAAAAAAUUGGAUUUUCUUGCCUAUAAAGUAUUUUAACAGACAUUUAGCCUAAAUCUAAAAGGUAAAAAAAAAAUCCAUGACUCUUAUGAUCAAAGGGUCAAUAAAAUAAGAAUAAUUUUUGUAACCAAUAUUUGUUAUUUCUAAAUCAGCAGUGACAAGACUGAAGUUCUGUUUUACGCUUUUAAUUAAAUCUUAAACAUAUCCCAAAUCAUGUUCUUCUUGGGGGUUUGGGAGCCUUGGUUAUACAUAUAAUUUAUUUUUUUAUGUGUGUUCAUUGCUACUGUAACAGGACUCUGCUUUUGCUAUUUUGAUGUCAUUGAAAGAAUGGUCCCCUAACAUGAAAAAUGAGCUCUUCACUGUGCUGAGUUAUAAACAGGCUCAGUAGAAGGUGAAAGUACAACAUACUUAAACCAUCCAUUUCAGAUAAACUCUUAUAAUUGGCUAUAAAGUGAGUGAUCAUUAACUAUGUCCUAUCUCAGUCUCUUUAACAUAUUUUUAAUGACUUUGAGAGUCUUAUGAAGUUUUGAGGGGGUUUCUUUAAAUUUUAAAAUUCAAUGGGCUUUCAAACACACAGCCAAAAGUACUUAUUCAACCACUUAGCCAACAGCCAGUAGGACCAGUUUUGAUAUUCCCAGACCUGUUAGAAUGCUGAAGUUUAAACAAAAGACGCUCACAUCAAUGAAAGUAUUUCAGGCUAUAAUAGUAUAAAAGCCAUGUAUUGUUUGAUAAGAUGAACUUUUUGUCUUAAUAAUUUAUUUAAACUGCCAUGGGGCAAUAUUAUUAUUUCAGACCAAUCCUGUUUAAAAACAAAAUACUCAUCUUUUGUAAUACCUUUUUAAUUAUUUCCAUAUUUAAUUAUGGAACUUUUUUUAUGGCUUUUUAACAUUUAUUUUUCUAUUGUGCCUUUGAAAAAGAAAAGUAUAGAAAAUAUUAUCAAUAAUACCGGUAAUACAGUUAAAUCCAGAAUUUACAGAAGUGAAAGAUAGAGGAGCCAUGAAUAAUUAUUUUAAUCGAUAAAAAAAAUAACCAUUCAGACUCUAGCUUUUAUUUUUAUUCAAGUUUUCUGUCCAAACACCACUACACAUAGAAUAAACUUUCUCCAGAAAGAGCUUUUUAUAUGACAAAUAAUAGUUGAAAUAUACUAAACAUAAGGUGUUAAUGUUGCAUAUUUUGGGUAAAAGUUUGAAAAAAAUAAUAUUCUUAAUUGAUUCUGAACCAGUGAUUUGAUUUUUCUCACAUCAAAUGGAAAUUUAGUUAUAUGAUAACCUCAUAAUUUUUUUUUCUUACUUUUUUCCCCAUUUCUUGUCUUAACUAGUCAAGACAAUUAUGUCUUACGAAAUAUUUAUAGAAACACUGAAAUUCUUAAUAAAACUUCUUUCUUGUCACUUUUGAUUUUGUCCUGAAAAUAUUUCAAGUAUUAUAGGUUGUUAAGCUGACCCUAAGUUCUGUGCUAUUGGCAUGACAUACUUUAAUUCAUAUGGGUAUGAUGAAGUCGCUGAAAUCUAUCCCCAAGUUCAGAUGAUAAAACUUGAAUUAUUGAAAUGAGGUCUAAAUUGUUAUUAUUGCAAUACAAAACAAUUUGAGACUUUUAAUUCCAGUUUUUCCCCAAAUGUGGUAGAUUGUUAAUAGCAAUAAAUUUGAUAUACAUUAUAUAAGUUUAAAGUUAUGAAAUAAAUAAAGCUUGUUUAGUUAUUUUUCCCAAAUGGCAUCAGAAAUUUAUAUUAGAGAUAAUUGCAUAAAUAAAUAUGUACAUUGCGGAUCUAUUAAGACUAAAUAAAGUGACAAUAUAAUUAAUUAAGGCAAGUUAGCUGUCUGAAUGGUCAUGAUUUUAUUCAUUCAUGUAAGAUCCAUCUUACACCAAUAUCUUCUUUCUGGGUGUACAAUGUGCUGACCAUAUGAAACUUAAUGUUUAUCAAUAAACCUUCAAGUAUACAUUGAAUUGUCGAUGGAAAAUCAGAUGUACCUUCUUUGAGGAAGAAUCUCACUCAUAAUUGACCUGUUGGUACUAAAUAAUAACAAAGCAUGAUUAUUUUAAAUCUUUCUCUAUUUAUUAUCCUAAAUUAAACAUAAUUAUCCUUGGCAAAAAUGUGUGUUGAAACUUAAAUACAUCCUUCAUGACAUUAUCUGCUCUUAAAAAUUGGCUGUUUUAGAAUGAGUGGUAAGUGUACUUACCUGAAAUUGUACUGGUACCUAUUUAAAUUACCUUUCUUUUAUGUACCAUAAUUUAAAAAUGCAUUACUAAAUAGUCAUUGGUAUGAUUCUAUAUUUUUAAAAUUUUGCUGAAAUAAUUUCUUUUCCAGGCUUCAUGAAUCGUGUAUAUCAUCCUAACAUAGAUGAAGUGUAAGUGUAAAUUUAUCAGUUUUACCUUAGGCUUUAUAAUGACAUUCCAGAUUUCAAAAAUUGAUAUAAAACAGUGGUUCCCAAACUUUUUGACUCAGAGCCCAUUUUUAGAAUCAUAUGUAAUGGGGGACCCCCUUAGGACUACCUUUGUCUUGAGGGAGCACCAUAUGCCUACCAUAUGUCUUAAAAGUUAAUAUUAUUUAGAAUUUUCUUGGAGCGGCCACCAAGUCCCUGGGAAGUUCAUGUGAAGCCCUGAGGGCUAUUGGUAUAAAAUAUUGUUGCUAAAACAAAACCAAAUAUAUUAAUGUGAGACAUACACAUAAGCGUUUAUUUUACUUCAAAGUGGGCAAAUGUAAAACCAUACUAAAUUUAUAUUCCUUAUGACAUAAACUAUACCCCUUCCUGGCAACUAAAAUUAUAUGCUUCUCAAGAUAAUCUUACUCUACCUUCUAUUAAUUCUGCUUUGUUUUCAACACCAAGAACAAUGACUCUGAUUCUGGAAGCAUUCCUAGUAAAAUUCAUUAUACCACUUAUUUAAUAUGAUAGAUCGGUAAUAAUAUAAAAAAAACUGCUUUAUGAAUAGUUUUGUACCUACUGUGUGUUCUAUUUGAGGACCUACACUGAUUGUAUAUUGCCUCUUGAAUAGCAUUGACUCCUCUUCCUUUUAUUGUUAAAAUGGAUUGCUUGAUUAUCCACCUGUUUUCUUUAGAUCUGGAACUGUAUGUCUGGAUGUCAUCAAUCAAGCCUGGACAGCACUAUAUGGUCAGUUGAAUUUAUUUAUUGAUAGUAAUGCAGUUAUGCAGAUAGUGUUCAGUUGAUGGGAUGCUAUUUAUUUACAGUAUUGCAAUAGCUUGAGUGUAGUUAGUAGGAUGCAAUAUUCUAGUUAUUUUUAUAAGGUAUUUCAUCAUGAUGUCAUUUUUUUUUAAUGGAUAAAAGCUCUUUACAACUUAUUUGAACUUUUAGCAUUGGCUCCAGCCACUGUGAGGUCUGUGAAAAUAUCCUGUUAGCAUUCAGCAAUACAAAUCUAGAUUUAAAUCUUUCAACUAUAUUUUGACAUUGAACCCUUAAAACUCGGUCUGUCCUGUUCAUGUGGUUGCCAUCAAACUUUUUUUUUAAAAUGACUUUAAGUUAUGAUAUAGGAAGUCUUAAAUUAUCUUCUUGGACAUCAGGGGUGGGGGUGUUGUCUUGAAAUCAUGAGAACCAUUACUUAAAUUUGUAGCUAUCCAUAUGUUGAACAAUACACAUUAAAUUUUAAGUGCUUUUUACUGAGCUGAGUGACCCAUUAUUCAUAGUUAUUGACUUCCUCUUUCGCGCUAUCAAGUGCUUUAUGUUCUCUUAAUUAAGUUAAAAUAAUGAAAACUAUUUCUAACAUCCCAAUGAUAUUAUCAAAUAUUAGCCAUGUUCUAUUACAGAGCGUAUGCCUUACACUUGACUUUUCAUUCUUAUCAAGCCAAUGGUUUGUCUUGCAUUUGAUAUUCACUUAAAAAUGUUCUCAUUAAGAUUACAAUUUAGAUCAAUGUCAUUGAAAAGCACUUGAAAAUUUGCUCACACCCAUACAAGUGCUGCUUUGAAACAAUGUCUAAUCAACUUCACAGGGCUGUACUAAAACACUUCCAACUAAUUUGACCUAUCGACAAAUUUUAAAAAAAGUAUUCCCCUGUGUUAAAAUGUGGAUGUUUGAAAAGGUGGAUAUUUUUCAAAAAUAACUGUAAAAUAAACUAUAAAGAUGAUCAUAAGGGAUGGGAAAAGAUUUUGUGGUCUCCUAGGUUAUGAACCUACAUGAAUCAACAUAUUUGAAUUAGUAUUAGUAUUACCCCCCUAUCCGGGUUGCAGUCCAUCAUAUGGUGCUCAAGUCAAAAUGGGCCCAGGAUGGGAGUCAAAUCGUGGCUCGGGAAACCUAUGGGGUACAUACUCGCCAAAUGCAGUGUUACCCACACGGAUCAUGUGGGGAAAUGUUGGGCAAACAUGUUGGGGCUAGGGUUAGGGCACAUUAUUACGCCUGCCAUUAAAAGAUUGUAGAUAACAAAGGUGUUAUCGAUGAUGAAAAAGAAACCCUCAUUAAGGGCACGUCUCCUAGGCAGCCGCUUCGUAGGGUUUAUGUAAGGACCAGGAGACCAGUACCACUUAGCGAUAAACACUGUUAGGAUUUGAGAAGUCAGUAGCUCUGGGGAAUCCUUUUCGCAAGGUAUCAGUGAAGACUUUCCCUAUUUGCGCAGACUCAAAAUAUAGGAUCAUGUUUUUUCCCAGGGGUGGCGGGGAUGUCAUUGUGGGCCGCAGUAGGAAAUCCACUCCUUACUUUGUAAGGUCAAUGCUUGGGACCUACCCCUUUGGCGUUUCUGAUGGCUUGCCGCUACCUCAUGGUACCCUUCCUCUGUAAAAGCAGGAUGGGUCCCUCGAGAUGGGGUUCCCAGGGGGAUCUCAAAGAGCCUUGGGUCAGGUCGUCAACAACAUUCCAACUGUUAUCCGGUACCGGAAUAAGUAUUAAUUUUUUAAUUUUUUUUUUGUUAAGAUGGGAAAAUUUUAGUAUUAUUUUGUUGUUUAUAAAAAUAAUAAAUGAUUCAAUGAUUUUUUAAGACAGAAAGCAAACAAGUAUGACACAACAAUUAGUGUUUUUUAUUAACUUUUGCAUUUAACUUAUUGUCUCUUCCAGAUCUUUCCAACAUUUUUGAAUCGUUCCUGCCCCAACUGCUCACUUACCCCAACCCCAUAGAUCCACUCAAUGGUGAUGCUGCAGCUUUAUACCUUCACAAACCAGAAGAAUACAAGAAGAGAGUCAGGGGUAUGUGGAUUAUUUCUGUUGAUCAUAUUAUGUUUACAAUUUUGUCUGUGCAUUAAACUGUGGUUUUGCUGUUUUGUUAGAGAUGCAAGUUUUAACAGUUAAAAUUAUGGUACCACAGAAGGAUCCUGGCCUUUUCAACAUAUUGAAGCUGUUUUAGCAUAAAAUGCAAUUGUUUUUAUCUUUAAGUUUAAAUGAAUAUCUCGGGGAAGGCAUAGGCAUAGAGUGGAUAAAGAAAUAAUUUCCUCUUUUAUUUUAAUUCUUUAAGAGUUGUGAAUUUUAAAAUAAUAAUAAAAUUUUUGCUGACUGUUUAAAUGCUGAGCCUUAAUAAACUCACUUCAAGGCUGACGUUUUAUGACUUUAGGACCCUUAAAUAUUGAUACAUUUAGCUACAAUCAUUUCAUGAUUUCUGUUUCAUAAACAUAAACAAUACUAAAAUUUUAUACAAUACUAAAAUUUUAUAAUUUUCUAGGUCAUUAGGGAAUUAGUACAACAAUAGGAAAUGGUUUAUUUUUUUAGGUGGUGGGGGCUGCCUCGUUUUCAAUUGUGAUUUUCUUAACUCAUUAAGUUUAACACCAAGUCCAACUGUUGGGGGAGAUUCUGCAGCAGAGAAAAGUUAUUCGAAUAUGUAUUUUUUUUAUUUAAGGAAAAGCAGUCCUUUGACAUGAAAUAAACUUAAGAGCAUACUUAAAUACCGGUAUCAAGUUGCAUUGUUGCUAGAUUUAAUUAUAAUUUACUCUAUCCAUUAUUUCUUGAAAUCUUUUUUGAACCAGAUUAUGUGCAGCGUUAUGCCACUGAAGAAGCACUUCGUGAAGCAGAGCAGGCAUCUUCUUCCAGCGAAUCCUCUAUGAGUGACUUCUCCGAGGACGAGGCACAGGACAUGGAAUUAUAAUAGUGGGACCCCGGUCCCUGUGUCAGGGGUCCAGAAGUCUUAGCCUUUUUCUUUUAAUUGUACACUCAAAUUAAUCAUUAUGUACAUAGAUUUCAUGACCAUUGGAAUGCAUUUUGUGCUUCCCCAUCUGUGACAUAAUCAAGUGAGCUACUCAUGAUUUCAUUUUGGCUUAGCCAUGAUUCCAUUACCUAAGCCAACCAAAUUUAACCUACAGUUUAUAUUAUAAGCUCUAGCCAAUUUAACUUGUGCAUUAAAUUAAGUACCAGUAUUUGCAUCAAGCAUUUUUUUUUUUUUUUUGCUGUUGCUUGGGACUGACUUUAAAACAUUUAGGGGCA